AGAAUGCAUCUAAUCUGAUAGUGUAAAAAGACAAAGAUCAUAUCUCUUUCAAACAAUACCUUGAAAACACUAUCCUCCAAACAAAGAAGCUUAUCAUACGAAAUCCUUUUUAUUCAGAAAAUAAUCCUUUUAAUAUAAACAAAUGUAAUUCUUCAAAUAAUUAGUUGAUUCUGGUAAUAAUUUUUCCAUGUAUAAAAGAUUUAAUUUACCAUUUCUCUUAAGUCCCAACUAACAGCAUAUCAAGUACUCCAUUAUAAAAGCAACAUUUGGGCUUUUGAUACUCUGUAUUAGUCAAAAAUUAUUUAUUAGAAAAUGGGGUUUUGGGAAUUUCUUAUAUUUUUAAUAUUUUUAAAGCUUCAAAAUUCAUAUUCCUGCAAUAUUUUUGAGGGAAGUUGGGUAUUCGAUCCCUCUUAUCCGCUCUAUAACUCUGCUAUUUGUCCAUUUUUGAGGACACAAUUUGAUUGCCAGAAGAAUGGUAGACCUGACAAAUUUUACCUUGGUUAUAGAUGGCAGCCUACUGAAUGCAAUGUUCCCAGGUUUGAUGCAAACGACUUCUUGAGAAGAUUCAGCGACAAGAAAAUACUGUUCGUUGGGGAUUCUCUGAUUCUGGAUCAAUGGCAAUCCCUCACCUGUAUGCUUCAUGCUGCUGUCCCUAUGUCUAAUUAUAGCUUGGUUCAGCGAUUGCCCAUUUAUUCCUUUAAUUUUCUUGAUUAUAAUCUUACAAUAGAUAUGGAAUGGCAUCAAUUUCUGGUGGACAUAGAUGUGGAAAAAAUGGGUAGAAUAUUAAAGCUAGACUCUAUAAAGGGUGGAAAAGCAUGGAAGGGUUAUGACUUGCUUGUGUUCGACAGUUGGCAUUGGUGGUUUUACAAGCCCCCUAACCAGCCGUGGGAUUUCAUCCAAGUUGGAAAUCAUACUGUGAAAGAUAUGGAUAGAAUAGAGGCUUUUAAAUUUGCACUUGAAACUUGGGCCAAAUGGGUCGAUUCAGAAGUUGAUCCAUCAGUAACCAAAGUCUUUUAUCAAGGCAUCUCAGCUUCUCACUAUCAUGGAACCGAUUUUGGGAAACCAGAAGCAAAAGGUUGCAAUAGAGAAACACAACCAGUAAUGGGGUCAAAAAGUCCAGCACCACCAAGUCCAGGAAUAGAGAUAGUGAAGAGUAUAUUGAACAAAAUGAAGAAUCCAACUAUAUUUCUUGAUAUAUCAUUAUUAACACAGUUAAGGCCUGAUGCACAUCCUCAAAUUUACGCAAGCCCACAACUCACCGCUAGUACUGGUGAUUGCACACAUUGGUGUAUAGCAGGCGUCCCAGAUAUUUGGAAUUCUCUUCUUUAUGCUUUGCUAUAGUUUCUUUUUAUUUUUUUUAAUUAUUUUUUUAAGGUAUUAGAAUAAAUGCUUUUAUUUUUUAUACACAAUUCUUAUGUAUUUGUAUGUUGACUUAAGAAAUAUAAAAGUCUUAACUCAUAACUGACUUGUAGGAGGGGAGAAUGAAAAAAAUCAAAACAGGAUGUUUAGCAAAUGAUUGUUAGUUUCUUUGCUUGACAUGUGUUAAAGAUUGUGCAAAGAAACAAUCUAAAGAGUAAAGUGAACAAGAGAAUGUAAAAGAAAACUUUUCAUUACAACUUCAUUGAUUGAUUACAAAUGAAUGAGAGGGUUGAUAUUUAUACAA